AUGGCACCAAAGGCCUUGACGGAUUGUCCCGAAAACCUUCGAGAGGCGAUCGACUGGCUCAUCCAGGUGAACCAGGGUGGCGGAAUUCCAAGGUUGUCCGACGCUCUCGAUGAGUUGUUUCACAAUGUUAUUCAGGACGCUGAAAAGUCUCUGCAGUCUCUCUCCGAAUCAGAUGACCCGUCCGCCGGAGAUGUUAUCGACAAACUUCAAACGUUUCGGAACGCUAUUCCGACAGACUCUGAGAAUAAUGAUCAAAACAUUUUACGUAAUCUCUGUUCCGCCGUUGAGAGCCUUUUAGGCUAUCAGCCUCCUGGAACCUACGACGGUUCCGGGAUUGUGUACGGCGACGCCUCUCGUUUGUGCGAUGCCGUGUUAGAAUUCUUGCAUAGCGUGCUCAGUGAUGUAUAUAAUAACCAGCCGUACGUUGUUGGUAGAGUGUUGUUAGAUGGUCUUGUUGGUGAGCUUGGAAAGGCCAGGUGGAGUGGGCACCGUGGCUUCAAGGCUGUCGUCCCCAAGGUGGCCAGUGGCCUGGGGAAUUAUAACCAAAAUGUUAAGGCCUCGAAUGAUAGAGUCAGGAGGCCGAUCAGUGACAUGAUUGAUUACGUCAAAGAGGACGGUGGUGAGUUGACUCCUAAGAUACGUGAGCUGAAUGAGACUAAUCCUUCAGAGUCUGACGUUGAAGAAGCUGAGAAGCUGGUGAAGGAGUGCGUUGGAAAGGGUAAGGAAUUCGGUAAGGCCUUCACUUCUAAAACACAUAAGCAUUACAUGAAAGAUGGGUUUGAUGAUUUGAAUGCAUCGUUGCGUGAUAAAAUUCAUAAUGCUAGAUUAAGCGUUGCACGUGAGACUGUGAUGCUGAACAGGUGGUCCAAGAAGCAGCAUGAGAACUAUAAGACUAUGGUCAAAUUGAUCAAACAGGCCUUCAGGAAGCUCAAAUAUAGUAUCAACUCACGGGUUCGGAAAGAAGUUACGGACCUAGUUGAUUCACUGAACGGCUUGGUUAGGAAUAUUUUAGCUAAGCUUGAAAAUGUCAGUAAGACGCUGGGGAAAAUCAUUUCUGAUCUAGACAAUUGGCUGAAUGAAGCUAACGAAAUUAUAAAUGUGGCGUUGAAACUGGUUCAGGACAUUUACGAUGAACUUGAUGACCCAGGAAAAAGUAAGGAUAAACUUGACACUGCAAUUACAACGGUUGAGGAAAAGCUGGAGCAAAACGCCAAGGACUUGGACGCUUGGAAGCGUGAAGCAGACAGUGUUCUUCGGAAUGCUAUUCAGAAUUCUGAGAGUGUUCAUACAGCCUUGGAUAAGCAGCGAGAUAAGUCUACGCUUGGUAAAAAGAUUGGUGAAAUCGAAGAUUCAAAUAGAGAAAUAUCGCAAGCUAAUGAACAACUUGGCGUACGAGUCGGUGAGCUGGGAGCGUGGAAAGACGCGGCGUACGCCUUACUUGGAAGUGCAAUUUCAAAUACUAAUCAAGUGCAUAAGAAUUUGAAUCACGAAGCACAAGAUGAUAGUUCAUGGACGAAUAUUGCUCUAGGACUUAAGCGAAUUAAGGACGCUAAAGAAAAAGUUUCGCAAGUUGAUAAAGGGCUUCAAGACGUCCACAGCAAUUUAACUAAGUGGAACACUGCGGCAAGCGGCGUGCUUGGCACAGUGGUUAGGAAGGCGGAGAGUGUGCGUGAGCAGUUGGCUCCUCAGCAUAAAGAUAAGGAGUAUCCUAUCGGCCAUAACAUUGAUAAGAUUGAAACUGCUAAGCAAGGAAUUGAGGCUGCAAAUAACAGCCUUCUCCAACAUGUCAAAAUCUUAGAAAAGUGGAUUACCGACGCGGAGAAAAUCCGUGGUGAGGCGCAACAAAAGGCGGAGGAAGCGUACGAAAAGUUGGACUAUCAUGAGAAACUUAGUCAGAAUGUGCAGAAAAUUCUGACAGCUAAUAAGGAAAUUGAUAAAGUCCAUCAGGGGCUGAGUGGUGUUCAUAUGAAUUUGGGAGAGUGGAAUCAGCAGGCCAGCAAAGUGCUUCAAGGGGCGAUUGAUAAGGCGACGGAAGUUCAUGAUGCAUUGGAUAUAGAUGGUACCGGUGGGCAGUUGAAGACACAAAUUGGUAAUAUUGAAACGUAUAAUAAAGCCAUUAAAGUGGCAAAUAAAACUCUUGGUGACGAAGUCAAGAAUCUUGGGAGUUGGAAGUCUGCGGCGGAGAAUGUGAUUUCCAAGGCGGAGGGGAAGUGUAAUGAUAUACUUAAGAAAGUUAGUCAAAAUGAUUCCGAAGGUAAGAUUUUUGAGCAAGCUGAUAAGUUACAAAAGGAGGGUAAAACACUUUUGGAGGCUGCGAAGUUGGCUAAGCAGACUGUUGAGCAGAAUGUCAACAUGGCCUUGCAGGCUGUUGUGGAGAUGGACUCGGAGCUUAAGAGGGAUUUGAGGAGUGUCAAAGAGAAUAUUGUUGCAGGGAUUAAAUCGUAUGUUGAGGGAGAAAUUAAUGGGUUGCGUGAUAAAGUGAAGACGGAUUUGGGAAAGUUGAAGGAGAAGAUUGAGGGGCUUGCCACAGGUGUGAAUGACGAUGCCACUAAAAACAUUCUUGUUAACGAUGCAUUGUCUAAGCUUAAAGUUCAGAAAAGUGAGUUGUAUGAGAAGACUACUGGUCCUGAUGGUUCAAUUCAGGGAGCGGUGGAUGAGCAUCAACGGAACUUUACUUCGAAGAUCCAAGAGCCGCUUGAAGGGGAUGUCAAAGCAGUUUGUGAUGAGAUUGAGAAGCUUGGCGGAAAUUUUGGUGUGAGUGGAGGAAAGGAUAAUCAACAGAAAUUUGAAGAGAUUUUUAAAGAAAUUCAAAAAAAGGUUGCGGCGAUUAAGGGGCAGGGAGGUUCAGAUUGGGACAAUAAAGGUGGCUCAGGCCUGGAUGGUAUUGCAAAGGGAGUGGAGAAGUAUUUUGAAGCGUUCAGCGGUAAGUAUAAGUUUAAAGGUAUAGCCGGCGGAUGGCUGGAUGCGAUCGUAGGGAAAGAUGAGACUGUUGGAUGGUUCGAAAAGUGGAUCACUGAUUACAUUGACGUUCUGCAGGCACAACGAGCGGUGCCUCUGGGCGGUGACCCAGUUGACAAAAUUUUGCGUAAAGAGAUUGUGAAAAAGAUUAAGGAUGCGCUUGAAAGCGAAGCAGGGGAAGCAGGUAAUAAGGUUGAGCAACAAAAAGCGCAGGCCGCCGGCAAAAUCAAGGAAAGCAUUGACGCUGUGCGGAACGGGUGCAACACGUUUGUCACCCAGCUUGAUCAGAAAUUUAAGGGGGGAAUUGAGAAGAUUGCCGAGGAGAUAGAGAGGACGCUUGAGAAAAAGAUUGUUAUAUUGAAGCAUAAUAACAAUCAAUACCUCCAUGAAGUCCUGGAAAUAAUCCUCAUCGCUCUCCGCUCCUCGGCCAAUCAGGUGGCGGCGGAGCUCGAUUCUAUCCUCCUUGCAGAUUAUAGGAUGGGCAAGGACAGCGGUACCAGCAUCGCAGCGGAAUUAGACAAGGCGCUUGGUGUGACUAAGCAGCUUGACGGCCAGCUCACUAAGGCGGUUGAGAAGUCUAAAACAGUCCUACCCGACGGCUCCCAAGAUAGCCCCACCCAAUCCGUGGACAAGAGGUUGGCGGCGGUGAGUAAGCAGGUUGAAGGGCUCGGAGAAGCGUUUAAGGAAGUCAAGAAACCACUUGAUACUGUGGUCAUCCAACUUACUACCGCCGUUGACGAUUUCAACAAAACCGCCGAAGCACAGAUCAAGGCUGCGGCCAAGACGGCGAUUGACAAGGCGGCUGGGCAGAUUAGUGAGGAAGGUGAAGACAUAAAGCUAGGUGCAAAUGGUCUCAUGGAGCAAUUUGACACUCAGUUCACUAAAAUAACUCAUCCCACAACUGGUCUCAAAAGUGAACUUGAGAAGAAAGUUACUGAACAGAUUGGGGAUGAUGAUCCUAAGAGUGGCGGCGGCGCAGAAACGAAAGUCGACUUAAAUACAUCCACUAGUUUCACUAUGUAUGAUACCUACGUUAGGCACGGAAAGGUGAAGAGCCUUCAGGCUGGUCAGUCUCUAACUGGCGAGCAAGGCAAAAACGAAGGCAAGCUUCCAGAGGCGAUUGGGAAAAUUAGAAGUGAGGGACUGCUAGCUUUCACUGAGAAUGACGUCAAAGCAAUUCUGGACACGGGCAAAACAACCUUCGAAAAUCCCUUUAACAAAAUUAAAUCGGAGCUCCACGCAAUCGCCGGGAUGGUUGACAGUAGACACACAAAUUUCUUUGGCGAACCAAACGCAAAUAAAAAGGGUGUCACGGAUUUCUUGGCUGAGGUUCUAAAGGGACUUGGUGAUAAGGAGUUGGGUAACGCCAAAAAAGGCCUCGAGAAAAUCACAAAGGCGAUUGAAAAUCUGCACACCGGUAAGUUUACCAAUCAACCCAAUGAAAUUGAGAAAUCCAUCUCAACAAUUAAGGGGGAGUUUGAUAUGCUUAGAAUUAUUUUGAAGAAUGAUCCUAAAGAUGACGUCAUCAAUGCGUUGACAGAUUUGAAAAACGAGGGUGUUUUGAAUGAUAAGUGGACGUUAAAUGCUGGUGAUUGGAAAAAUACCAAGAGCCUGACAACAAUACAGAAGCAACUUAAAAACCAAAAUGAGACAUUGCCCACCCAAACGGCGAAAAUCGCGGAUGCUAUCGAUGCAAUCAGGUGGGAGCUAAAAAUGAUUGGAAUAAAGUUACAUGAUGAUUUACACGACGACAUAGCGGACAAUUUGAAACGAUUGAAAGACAAGAUUGGCAAAGGUGACGCAAAAGAUAAAAAUCUUCAACACAUAUAUAAGAAGAUUCUAAUGCUGCAAGAAGAUCAAUUUACUCAUAAGCCCAUAGAAAUCCGUGACGCCAACAGAUCAAUUAAAAGAGAGCUUGGGAACCUUCGACAUGUGCUGCAAGGUAAACCAGGCCAGAAUGAUGGCGUCAUCAAUGCUUUGAACAAUUUGAAAGGCAAGGGCCUCACUAAAGGUAGGUGGGAUGAGAAAGAUAUUAACGGUCUUGACUCUAUUAAUAGUGACCUUAAGCAUCAGCAAGAUACCUUGUCCAGACAGCACCCUGCAAUUGAGACAGGUGUCAAGGAUGUCACCGAUGAUCUUACAAGGCUCCAAGGUGAGUUGCAGCAGAAAGUCAGCGAUAAGUUGACUGAGAUGCGAAGCAAGGGGCUUACAAAUAGUGAGCAACAGUGGGAAGUUGAUGGUAAAAAACAUAAUGGCCUCACUAAAAUCACAAAUGAUAUCAAGAAUCUGAAAGAAAAUGAGUUCACUAGCAAGCCGAUCGAAAUCACUCAACACAUCGGCCAAAUCAAAAAUGAACUCGACGAACAAAGAAAGAAGUUGGAGCGUGAAGUUACCGCCAGGCUGCGGGACUUGCAAAGCAAAGGCCUAGCCGACGGUGAGUGGAACCUUGGCAGCCAAAAAAUCAGUGGCCUCUCGAGAAUCACGAGUGGGAUCAGCGACAUAAAAUCCACGGAUGUUGGAGAUGUAAGAGAUAAACUCAGCAUCCUCCGCAGUGCUAUCUGGCAUGCCGCCAGGGAUACUGAAUUUAACUUGAAACUAGUGAAAGACAAUAUGAUCGGCGACAGGCUCGGAAAAAUAAGAGAUGAUCUUCAGCGACUGCACAUCACGCUGGUGAAAGGCGCCAUAAAGGAAUGCGAAGGCUUCAUUAAUACGGACGCCGAUGUGUUCAAGCAGCGAUGCAUCGACGAGCUCACGAAGUACGUAAACCAAGAACUGGAAGCCGAGGAAAACAAACUGCUAGCCGAGGCGCGCCGGCAGUACGUGUCAACCAUAAAGGACAUGCUGUCAGCGUUCGCCGCCAAGGUGGAGACUGAGCUGGAGGAGUUGCCCAAGGAAAUCGAUGAUGACCUGAAAAAAGACUUUAAAGGUUUGAUGAGUAAGAUGCAGGGGGAAUUUAAUGAAGCAGACAAAACAUUGGAUGACGUAAACAUCAAUUUGCUCAAGGAUCUCGCCGCCGCGCCAGCUGAGUCAGCCGAGAAGAUAAUGCUUUUCCGCAAACUGGCCACAGCCUUCAAAAAAUUCUGGUCGCCACUCGCCUCGUACGUCAACAGGGAGAUCGUGAGGGUGAACGGGGAGAAUAAUGCGAAGAGAGAUCCUGUCGGAAGAAUUGUACGUGAUUACUCUCGUAUGCUUCUGGAAAUAUACGACGCAUUCAACGAGUUGCUCCACUACCUUGAGGUAAAUAAUGCCUUCGACCAUCGCGUCCCGGGGAUGCUUGAUGACCUUAAAAUAGCGCUCGCCGAACUGAGACCAGAAAACUUCCAGAAGCCGUCCACUCCGCUGCUCGACACCCUUAAGAGAGGCCUGCAUGGCUUUGUCGCAGAGCUCGGCACAGCGUACGUCUCCGCAUACUCCGGUGCCACGCUCGACUGGCGGGACGCCCACAACCCCGGCAAGGAGAAAUGCGCCAAGGUGUUGCUGAGCAUAGUUCCAAUUCUGAGGUCCGGCGUAGAGGAACUCAACGAGUGGCUGACAGGGAGGGAGCAAAAUUGGUGGCAUCACACAAUUCAUAUGGGCAAUAAACUCGGAGAUUUCCUCACCGGGUGCGGUUUUACUGUGCCCGCAGCGGACGAAACUAAGCCCGCGGAGCUGCAGAACUCCGACGACAUGAAGGGUAAGCAUAUCCAUGGGUUGCUCACUGAGAUGGUGCAGCACGCCGACCAAAAUGAACACCUCAAAAAUUGCUCCGCUGUUAAGCGAAAUGAAUCACAUGGAGAAAAUAAUUAUAAUCUCUUUGACAUCCUUGCGUGCCUCUGUUGUCACCUAAAUGAAUAUUAUCAGACGUGUCACCUCAAAGUGCAUCCCUCACCCAGGACGCCGUGCAGUGUCUACCAGAUGCUCUGUUGGCUGACGGGCCUCCCGCACAAUAGGGUCUAUGAGCGCCUUAAGCAGCAGGUUAAAUCUUCUAUAAACAACUCCGACGAUAAUUCCACAAAUACCAAAUGGUACAUGGCCGCGCAGCCCAAAUCAGUCACCGCCACGAAUCUGGCCGCCGCCCUUCACGAUGUCACGUCCCAGGCUCCCACCCUGCUCACCAGGGUACUCGGCUACGGCAACGCAUUUACAACGUACGCCGUUGACUUCUACAACAACUCGCUGAAAUUAGAGUACCCGCAGGACGGCGACGAUUGUCUCCAUCUGCUGCUUCACAUCAUCCGCCUCACGUUCCCAGUGCUCAGAUUUCUGUUCUCUCAGUGCUCACUCCCCGCUCACCAGGGCGGCUGGGAGCAGUGUAAGUACGGCAAGGGUGUCAUGACAUACAACUGGCAGUGCAAUCCUCCACUGAGCGCCCUGCCUAGCCCUCACCCGGAGUGCACCGAUCAGUCCCCUUUGAUGUCAUACCUAAACGACUGUCUGCCAGGCCACCUGCCUCACCACUCACCAAAUGGGAUGCCCUGCCUCACUCUCCUCGGCUUCCGGGGUUUCUCUGGAAGUACGAGGACAGGCAAGGAGCUGUGCAAAGUGCUGACCAAAUUCUUCGCCAAUCGCCAUCUUUCAUCACUGCUCAGCCUGCAACCCAGACCGCCGACCACCUUGGCUGAGCACAUUUGCUUUGCCUCGUCCCUCGUUGGUGGUUGGCAACGUAGCGCUCUGCCGUCAGCCAUCGAUGGGCUACAAUAUGCAUUCACAGCCUCCAUCACCGGCCAAUCCAUGACCCUGUACCGCAAGCCCAGCAACCUUACAGACGCUCUAAGUGAUGCUUACGGCAACGGUCGGAGCGGUCAUGGUAUUCAGCAUUCCACUGCCAAAAAUGCCGACCUGUCCAGCCUGUCGAUGACAGAGUGCUGCACGCUUCCCAACGACGCCAACGUCAACUGCGCUCCCUACCUGAACGCCCUGUGCAGCGAUACGUAUUAUUGCUUACCUCACCGACACGCCGACCUCUACCUCUCAUGGGCCGUCUACCUCCCGUGGCGACUAUGGGAGUUGCUUUACUGCCUAUUCACCGCUUUCCAAGCAAUCUCCUGCCGGGACUGGGGAUGUGAGACGUGCCUUCACGAGGAACCUUGUGACCCGGGCAGCCACGGCGUCCCCAGUUCCCAGUCACCGGGGCACAGCUGCCGAUGCCGCUCCACAGUCCAGUGCAGGGGCGUGAUGCCGACCUUGUACAGUUACGGCCUCACGUUCGGGGACGCACAGGCGCUGAUAUCGCAGAACAAGAAUUGUUCCACCCUCGCCAAGCAGCUCAGCCAAGUCCUACACUCCGACCACUUCACGGAACUGUUCGACCAGUGCGACGAGUACCUGUGGAAGAUCAGAACGCCGUUCUUCUUCACCAUCGCAGUGCUUUGGGCAUUCACCCUCUUCUACAUCCUUGGCGUCCUACUCUACCGCAUGGACGUCCUGCGCAUCCGCUCCCACCUUCUCACCAACAGGGCCUCCCACCUCAUCGACGUCAAGGCCUUACUCACGAAGGGCCGGAAAAUGCUCUCACUCUACAAGGACGUCGACUACUUCGACGAUGACUUUCACUCAUGA